AUGGCGUCCACAACGCAGUCAACUCAAAGUGACAUACUGACCCAAAUAUUCCAGGCUUUGAAAAGCAAGAAUCACGAUGCCCGUUUACAAGCAGCAAUAGACCUCCGGCGUUAUGUUUCCACUACUGUCGCAGAAAUGCCCUCCGAUGCUGCGGCCAAGCUAUGGGAUGACCAUAUCAACAGGCGGUUGUUUGACCUGAUGCAUAGUCAGAACAAUGUCGAAAGAUUGGGUGGCCUCCUGGCUAUUGACCAUCUGCUCGACAUUGACGGCGAGGAUACAAUCGAAUCCAAGCGUAAUCUGUUUCGCUUUUACAACUAUGUCAAGUCGUUGCUUCCGAAUCACGACGUCAAUAUCAUGCUGGCCGCAUCUAAAACCCUUGGUCAAAUCGCGGAGAUAGGUGGUGCAGCUUUCGGGGAACGGUUUAUGGAUUAUGAAGUUCCAGCAGCUAUCGAACUACUACAAGGAGACAAACAAGAGUCUCCUAGGUAUGCUGGCGUGUUAAUUUUGAAGGAGCUGGCGCGGAACAGUCCGGGAUAUUUUCAUUCCCAUAUCAGCUUAGUUUUUGAGAAGAUCCUUGUGCCGCUCAGGGACCCUCGCAUGAUAGUAAGAGAAGGAGCUGCGGAGCUCUUAGCUGCAUGUUUGGAUAUCGUAUCGCAUAGAGAACGGCAGGCGCGCAGCCCUUAUUUAUUCAAGAUUCUUCAAGAUGCACAACUAGGACUCAAGGCGACACAACCAGAAAUCAUUCACGGGUCACUGUUGACAUAUCGUGAGCUGCUUCUGCACGGAGGCACGUUCAUGCGAGAAACGUUUUUGGACACGGCAGAGCAGAUUUUGCGUUUUAAAUCUCACCGAGAUGGUCUAGUCCGCAAGAUGGUGAUCACCCUCAUACCUACGCUAGCUGCAUACGAUACACAGACAUUUUCAGAUCAUUUUCUGCAUAAGGCAAUGGGUCAUCUCUUAACCCAGCUUGAGAAACCCAACGAGAGAUCCUUUGCUUUCAUUGCCAUUGGUCACACUGCUGCUGCUGUAACCAGUGAAAUGAAACGCUUCCUGGAACCCAUUAUGGGCCAGAUCAAGUUGGGAUUGCAAGCCCGAAGUCAUAACAAGAAAAAUGCCCCUUCGGAAGAGCCAAUAUUCCAAUGCCUUGGCAUGCUUGCUUCGGCUGUUGGAACCAACCUUACCAAGCUUUUACACGACCAACUUGAUCUGAUGUUCGACUGUGGCCUCAGCGAGCCGCUGAGGCAGGCACUCAUGGCCAUGGCGCGUCAUAUUCCUCCUCUGCUUAAAACAAUACAAGAUCGCCUUCUCGAUCUCUUAUCCAUUAUAUUAAGUGGGCAGGCCUACAAGUCUAUAGGAGCGCCACCUCGUGUUCGAAGCGAUGCCUCCGCUACCACACGUGAUGCGAAUAACUCUCAGACUCCGGGGGGCGGGAAAAGCUCUGAGUUGAUCACGCUCGCGUUGUCCACUCUUGGUACUUUUGACUUUAGCAGUCAUGUAUUAAACGAAUUCGUGCGCAGUUGUGCUCUCCCUUACUUGGAGGAUGAUAACGCAGAAGUAAGGCGCGCUGCAGCAUUGACUUGUUGUCGCCUCUUUGUUCGAGAUCCUAUCUGUUACCAAGCAAGCAGUCAUGCCAUAGAAAUCAUCAGUGACGUACUUGAUAAGCUCCUUACUGUUGGUAUAGCUGAUCCAGAUCCCACCAUCCGUCAAACUGUCCUUUCGUCACUUCAUGAACGAUUCGACAAACAUCUUGCCCAGGCCGAAAACGUGCGGUCGUUGUUUAUUGCCUUGAAUGACGAAGUCUUUGAAAACCGAGUGACAGCAGUUGGACUAAUUGGGCGCCUCGCUAAGCACAAUCCUGCCUACGUCAUGCCUUCCCUCCGCAAGGCUUUAAUCCAACUCUUAACAGAACUAGAAUAUUCUACAGUCAUGCGCAAUCGCGAAGAGUCCACUAGACUACUGACACUUCUAGUCAGCGUUACACAACGUCUCAUCAAGCCAUACGCUUUGCCAAUGCUACGUGUGUUACUACAGAAGGCAAACGACCCAAACCCAACCGUGGCAGCACAUGUUCUCAUGUGCCUAGGAGAACUCUCAUGCGUUGGCGCCGAAGAUGUUAUGCCUCAUGUUCCGGACCUCAUGCAGGUGAUAAUAUCAAGACUGUCAGACCCUUCGCUCGUGAAGCGAGACGCAGCGCUGCACACAUUGGGACAACUCUGUUCUAGCACAGGAUAUGUAAUUACGCCUCUCGUGGAUUACCCUCAGUUACUUCCCAUUUUGGGCCGGAUACUGAGAACAGAGUCGACUCAAUCUGUAAAGAGAGAGGUGGUUAAAGUGUUGGGCAUACUUGGUGCCUUGGAUCCUUAUCGUCGUAAGGUAUGUACAAGACCCGAGGAGGAUGCUGCCAGUGAGACGCCUCUACCGGCAGUCACUGCAGCUGGACCCUUGGCUGGAUCUGAUGACUAUUACCAAACAGUGGUCAUCACCUCGCUAUUGAAUAUUUUGAAAGAUCAGUCCUUGAGCACUCACCAUCAUACCGUGAUUGAAGCUAUCAUGUCAAUAUUCAAAACUCAAGGGCUCAAGUGUGUCACUUUCUUGCCACAGAUCAUACCUGCGUUUGCUGCAGUUGCACGAACCUCUGCACGGCUUCAAGAAUUUCACCUGCAGCAAUUAGCAAUUCUUGUUGGCAUUAUCAAACAGCAUAUCCGCAAUUAUAUGCCUGAAGUAUUUGGACUUGUAACAGAGCUCUGGGAGAAUACUUCUCUUCAGCUACCCAUCGUCUCUCUUAUCGAAGCGUUAGGGAAGGCACUUGAUGCCGAAUUCAAGCCAUUCUUGCCCACGAUCCUUCCACAUCUACUCAAAGCAUUCGACGGGGAAUUGAAUGAAAAACGAAUGGCCACACAAAUCAAAAUAUUUGACUCUUUUCUUACUUUUGGAUCAAAUAUCGAAGAAUAUCUUCAUCUAGUCAUUCCCAUCAUCGUCAAGUGUGCAGAAAGGCUUGAUGGUACAACUGCUCUUCGCAAAAAAGCCAUUCAAACUGUAGCGCACUUGUCACAGCGAGUUAAUUUCUCUGACCAUGCUUCACGCAUCGUUCACCCCCUUGUCCGUGUCUUGGAAAGUCCCAAUAAUGAACUUCGACAAGCGGCCAUGGAUACGCUAUGUGCCCUGGUGAUUCAAUUGGGUUCAGACUUCGCCAUAUUUGUUCCUACGAUCAAUAAAUGUCUACUUCGGAAUAGGAUCUCGCACCCCCGGUAUGAGAAUAUGAUAUCAAAGUUACUCAACGGCGAACGGCUUCCUCAAGAGUCUGGUAUCCUUGACUUACUUGAGAGUUCGAAAACUCCAGAAUUCUCUGCUCCUGCUGAAGCUGCAAAAAUGACAGUGAAUCAACAACAUCUCAAGCAAGCUUGGGACGUAUCACAGGUAACUACUAGAGAGGAUUGGAACGAAUGGAUGCAUCGGCUUUCUGUUGAGUUCAUGAAAGAAUCUCCUUCUCAUGCUCUGCGAGCUUGUAUGAGUCUUGUUGAUAUCCACACACCCAUCGCUAAAGAAUUAUUCAACGCGGCAUUUAUCUCUUGUUGGACCGAGUUAUAUGAUCAAUAUCAAGAAGACCUCGUUCGAUCCAUCGAAUGUGCCAUCACAUCAACCAGUGCACCAUCUGAUCUCAUCCAUCGACUUCUUAAUCUUGCCGAAUUUAUGGAACACGAGGAAAAGCCCCUCCCUAUUGAACACCGCACUCUUGGCGAAUAUGCAAUGAAAUUUCACGCCUAUGCCAAAGCUCUUCACUACAAAGAACUAGAGUUCUUCACUGAAACCUCUCCAAACAUUAUCGAAGCGUUAAUCGGUAUUAACACCAAGCUUCAACAACACGACGCUGCCUGGGGAACGCUCAUUAUUGCUCGAGAACAAUAUGACGUCAGCAAGCACGAGGAAUGGUACGAAAGGCUCGGAAGAUGGCAAGAAGCUCUAGCUGCAUACGAAAAGAAGGCUGAAGAGGAUCCUGACGCUCCUGACGUUCAGAUAGGCCGUAUGAAAUGCUUGCAUGCUAUGGGGGAUUGGGAUCAGCUCGCUGCUCAAGUAGAAGAAAACUGGUCCAAUGCAAACCACGAAGAUCGGAGAGAAAUCGCACCUAUGGCAGCUGCAGCUGCUUGGUCAUUACUUGAGUGGGACUCUAUGGACGAUUAUAUUACCACAAUGAGAGUUGACUCUCCAGAUCGUGCUUUCUACAAAGCAAUUCUCUCUGUCCAUCAAAACCAAUUUCCGAAAGCCUUGACUCAAAUAGCCAAGGCCCGAGACCUUUUGGAACCUGAGCUAACGUCACUUGUCGGAGAAGGUUAUGGUAGGUCUUAUAACACGAUGGUUCGGGCUCAAAUGCUCUCAGAGCUUGAGGAAAUUAUUGCUUUUAAGCAGUAUGCGGAUCAACCUGAAAGGCAGCAAUCUAUGCGAAAAACUUGGAUGAAAAGACUUCAAGGUUGUCAACCUGACGUAGAAACCUGGCAGCGAAUCCUUCAAGUUCGAGCUUUGGUAUUAAAUCCUGAGGAUGAUCCUGUCAUGUGGAUCAAGUUUGCCAAUCUGUGUCGAAAAUCAGAUCGGAUGGUGCUUGCUGAGAAAACUAUCAACUCUUUGUUGUCUCCAGAGAGGCUGCAACACCUCCGCGACGACCAACAUCAUAUGAAAGCACCUCCAAAUGUGGUUUAUGCGCAGCUGAAGUAUAUGUGGGCUUCGGGCGCGAAAGAAGAAAGUCUCAAAUUUCUUCGUCAGUUUUCUGCGAGUCUUUGUAAGGACUUGCAAGCCGAAACCAAAGAACACUCACAGCGAGCUGGUGUCGGCAAACACAAGCUUGAUGAGCUCUCUAGGCUACUAGCACGGUGCUACUUCAAACAAGGCCAAUGGCAAGUUGAGCUCAAGGAUGAUUGGGGUGCUAGAAAUGUAAAAGAUAUCUUACAUUCAUACCUUUUAGCGACACAUUACGAUGCUACUUGGUAUAAAGCUUGGCACACAUGGGCACUUGCAAAUUUCGAAGUUAUUGGCCAUCUAGAAAAUCAGAAAGAAAGUACCACAGUAGAUGUACCAGGUACUGGACUAGCUGCACAUAUUGUCCAGGCUGUUCAAGGUUUCUUCCGUUCUAUUGCGCUUCGAAACGAGAACGCUCUGCAGGAUACGCUUCGUCUUUUGACACUUUGGUUCAAAUUUGGUGCUCAUGACGAUGUCAGUCAAGCUAUGGCAAGCGGAUUUUCGACAGUUGAAGUGGACACGUGGCUAGAAGUUAUUCCUCAGAUAAUUGCUAGAAUUCAAACACCAAGCGCGAAUGUACGCCGAAAUAUCAACAAUCUAUUGACUGAAGUUGGUAAACACCAUCCACAAGCUCUAAUUUAUCCUCUUACUGUGGCAUCGAAAUCAUCGAGUGCAUCUCGUAAAAACGCUGCCCUAGGAAUUAUGGAUAGGAUGCGAGAACAUAGUCCAGCCAUAGUUGAACAGGCACUCGUUGUUAGCCAUGAGCUUAUUCGUGUUGCCAUUUUGUGGCACGAGUUAUGGCAUGAGGGACUCGAAGAGGCUUCUCGCCUAUACUUUUCUGCGAAAAACCCAGAGGGAAUGAUUGCAGCACUGGAGCCACUGCAUGAAAUGCUGGAGGCAGGCCCUACCACUGCUCGCGAGACCUCUUUUGCCCAAGUAUUUGGUAGAGAUCUACAUGAAGCUCGUGAAGCGUGUCGACGCUACCGAGCAUAUGGUGAGAGAGCGGAAUUAAACAAAGCAUGGGAUAUAUAUUAUGGGGUCUUCAGGAAAGUUGAGAAGCAAUUACCCCAGUUGACCACACUCGACUUGCAGUACGUUUCGCCACAACUGCUGAAGGCACGUAAUCUCGAGUUGGCGAUGCCGGGUACAUACCAAUCCGGGAGACCCAUCAUCAGGAUAGCUAGCUUUGCCACAAAGCUUACAGUCAUUGCCUCUAAACAACGGCCUAGACGAAUUUCGUUGAAGGGUAGCGAUGGAAGGGAUUAUCAAUAUCUCUUAAAAGGCCACGAGGACCUCCGUCAGGAUGAGCGGGUUAUGCAAUUGUUCAGUCUUGUCAAUACUCUCUUAUCUGUGGAUACCAACAGCUUCAAGAGGCGGUUACAUAUUCAACGUUUUUCGGUCAUACCCCUAGCUCCGAACGCCGGUCUAAUAGGAUGGGUGCAAGACAGUGACACCCUCCACGUUCUUGUUAGAGACUACCGUGAUUCUCGUAAAGUUUUAUUGAACAUCGAGUAUCGCUUAAUGCUGCAGAUGGCACCUGACUACGAAAAUCUCACUCUCCUUCAAAAAGUAGAAGUCUUCGAAUAUGCUCUUGAGAAUACGACGGGUCAAGAUUUGUACCGCGUCCUUUGGUUGAAAAGCGUAAAUUCAGAGCAUUGGCUUGAGCGUCGUGCGACCUACACGAGAUCUCUUGCAAUGAACAGCAUGGUUGGACAUAUCCUAGGCCUCGGCGAUCGGCACCCUUCCAAUCUACUUCUUGAGCGCAGUACAGGAAAAGUAGUUCACAUUGAUUUUGGUGACUGCUUCGAGGUUGCCAUGCAUCGCGAGAAGUUCCCGGAGAAGAUUCCUUUCCGCUUGACUCGUAUGCUGACUCAUGCAAUGGAGAUAAGUGGAAUUGAAGGCAGCUUCAGGCAUACAUGUGAAAUUACUAUGCAAGUGUUGCGCGCGAACAAGGAGUCUCUCAUGGCCGUGCUAGAAGCUUUUGUAUAUGAUCCGCUUAUUAACUGGAGGCUUAUGCAAGCUGAUGUGGAUGCUCGACGCCCUGAAGAUACUGACCCCGAUCCUGAGCGUGCUGUUGAGCUGGCGCGAGUAGCUGCUUAUCCUCAAGGGCCGACUCGGAAAUUGAGGGCAGAUGAAAAUGAUAUCUUUAAUGAGGCUGUUGGGGAGCCUGGGGUAAGGCAAGAAGUCAGGAAUGAAAGAGCUCUACUGGUCUAUAACCGCGUUCAGCAUAAACUCACUGGCCGAGAUUUCAAUCCCGACGUUGUUUUGUCUGUGCCUGCGCAAGUAGAUAAACUUAUUUUACAGGCCACUUCUCUAGAGAAUCUCUGUCAAUGCUUUUCAGGAUGGUGUGCAUUCUGGUAGCAUUUUGGGCCCCGCAUACUUAUCACAUCAGCACUCAUACUCUGUACUUUAGUUUAGUUUUCGAAGAUCCGUUAACUUAAUGCUUUCCGUGACCCAUAAAA